AAUCCGCCAGGAAGAAGAAAACGAAGCGGAAGCUUCAGUCUCCCACGGCUAAACGUCAAUGUUGUGGCGGUGUCUCAUUCUGCAGGUAUCUUAAUCUUUAUUCUUCGCUCCUCUUCAUCAACAUGAGCGAUCCUUGGCAGGAAUGUAUGGACUUCUGUUUAGAUGUCACCAAACAGGCAGGAAAGAUGAUCCGCGAGGCGCUGCAGAAGGACAUCACCAUCAUGCAGAAGAGCUCUCCGGUUGACCUGGUGACCGAGACGGACCAAAAAGUGGAGCAGCUCAUUAUAUCUUCCUUAAAAAAGAAGUAUCCCACACACAGCUUCAUCGGUGAGGAGUCGGUAGCCGCUGGUGCUCCCAGCAUCCUCACCGACGAUCCCACUUGGAUCAUCGACCCCAUUGACGGCACCACCAACUUUGUGCACAGGUUCCCCUUUGUGUCUGUAUCAAUCGGCUUCACAGUGAAGAAAGAGAUAGAGUUUGGGAUUGUCUACAGCUGCAUUGAGGACAAAAUGUACACGGCGCGGAAGGGCAAGGGGGCAUUUUGCAACGGAAACCUCAUCAAAGUGUCCGGGCAGAAAGACAUUAGCAAGUCUUUGGUGCUGACUGAAAUGGGCUUUAAGGAGGAAGCUGAGCACUUCAACAUUAUGUUGGCCAACAUCAAGACUAUCCUCACCAUACCUGUUCAUGGGAUCCGCUCCCCAGGCAGCGCAGCCAUCAACAUGUGCCUAGUGGCGUCCGGUUCGGCCGACGCUUACUAUCACAUGGGGAUCCAUUGCUGGGAUAUGGCUGGAGGGGCGGCCAUCGUGACUGAAGCUGGAGGAGUCAUCAUGGACAUUUCAGGCGGGCCGUUUGAUCUGAUGUCUCGCAGGCUGAUUGUUGCCAGCAGCAGGACGAUAGCUGAACGAAUUACCAAGGAGAUAACAGAGUUCCCCGUUGGCAGGGACGACGCAGAAGGCCUCUAAACCUCCACAGCCAGCUGAAGCCGAGUAAAAACACACAGCUGCUUUCUGUGUAACAAGUGUUGAGCCUGUUUUUGCCUUAAGAACCAAAACGAUAGUUACCUCUGAACAACAGCAGGCGGAUUCGUUAAGCAUUUUAUUCUCCUGCAUAUCAGUACUUAGUCAUACACACAUACUUUUGUGUUGUUGAGUUGUUUGCACUGUGUUGUAUUUUAUUGAAUCACUCAGGCAUUUUUUUUUAUUAUUCAAACACAAAAAAUAAAUUUUUAUUAAUAGGUAACUCAAAACAGCAUCAUUACAGGCAUAGAAAUAUUAACAUCAAGGUUCAUGCUUAUUUCUAAAGAUGUUUAAACUAAGAAUAUUUAUCAGUUGGGGGAAAAAAGUCACAUGUAAAAAAAUGUAACAAUUUUUUUUUUAGACAUAUACUCAUACAAGUAAUUCACAAUAUCUUUUUAAACUUCAAAAGAUAUUUAUCAUCAUUCUGGUCUGUCUUGGUCUGUCUUUCCCAAUUUAAAAAUGGGAAAGACAGCAGAGCUCUGAAUUCAAUCCAUAUUGGUUGACUGGUUGGUUAGGAAUGGCUACAAGAGAAGAUGUGCUGAGUCUAAACUUGCCCAUAUCUGCAGUCAGAGCCAUAAAACCCCCAAAAUCUACAAACACUCUGCAGAAAAGAGCGGCGUCUUGGGCUCAGUAUGUCUUCUUUGCAGCGAGCACAUGCUAUCUACAUGCUAACCAGUUUUUGCAGGUCCCUGAAAAAGAUGUCCUAUUUGUAAUAACCUCCAUUUUAUGGCCUUAAAAAGUCUUGUGAUUUCUUGUUCUAGGUCUGAAAUCUAGUAGGAGACGGUAUGUCUUAGAUUAUUUAUUUACUGCUUAAUUCAUCAUCAAUUACUGAAUUUGAGAGCCAAAAUUCAUCAACUUAAUUUGGCAUUCAUAUUUAGCUUGGUAAGUAAAGUUAUAAAUCAAUUAAGCUAAGUCUCUCUUUUUCUUUUUUGUAAUUCAUGUCGCUCCUGUAUUAAACUAUUUCUGCUCCUAAAAAGUCUUAUAUGUAACUUACUGAAACUUGUAGAAACCCUUAUUUUGACAGUGGCACCAUAGAAAGUCUUCCUAAAUGUAAAUUAUUUCAUUAUUCUUUAACUGGAAGUGGUGCUUUGGCUACAUGAAACAAAGCGUUAGCUUUUCAGUAUCAACCACUGAGAGUAGGAUUGGUGUGACAUAAAGCAUUAUUAAGUAGAAAGACAACUGAAACCUAUUGGUGGGUAUGGUGGAAGAUGUGUGAUUCUGGGGGCUGUUUUCCUUUCCAAUGCCUCUGAGUCGUUGUUGGAGUGGUCGGUAUUGUUAAGUCUUUGAAAAGCCUCGAAAAUGUAUGUCAAAUUCUCUCAAGAGGAUCAGGAUUUCUAAACGUGACCAAACCAACACAGAAACGGUUCACAGGACGCAAUUAUUUCUAAAUGUUGGAUUCUAUUUUUUCCCUCCUUGGAAGAAAUAUAAUUUUGGGUUUUAUUGAAAUUGUUCAGUCUGAGAUUAUUUGAUCUCAAUAAUUUCAUUUCUAUGUAAUUUAAGGGUUUUUAGACAUCUUCUCCAGAAAGCGCUGUACCUGUUUUAAGAGUGAAUUUAGUUUGCACUUUCCACAAUUCACCACAUGACUAACUCCUGUACUGUAUAUCUAUUUUUUCUGUACUGUAUGGCUCCUUAUCAAGUCUAGAAUAAAAAAAAAAGUGACAUGUG